CUGCGCAUGUUCAGUGCCAAGUCAACAGUGCAAGAUGGCGGCCAGUAUUCGAACGAAACAAAUUGAGUGUCUGAAACGAAUGAUAAAUUUGAAUGAUGUACCAAGAAAAACUGCCUCUAGUGAGCCUGUUUGGAAAGUUUUGGUUUAUGAUCGUUAUGGCCAGGACAUUAUAUCACCUCUGCUAACUGUGGCUGAAUUGAGAGAACUUGGUGUUACCUUGCACUUAUUACUUCAUUCAGACAGGGAUGCAAUUCCUGAUGUGCCUGCUGUAUAUUUUGUCCUUCCUACGGAGGAAAAUAUUAAAAGAAUAUGUCAGGAUUGUCGAAAUCAAUGUUAUGAGUCGUAUUACUUGAAUUUCAUAACUGCAAUCAUGAGACGACAGUUAGAGGAUUUGGCGACUGCGGUCUUACAAGGUGAUUGUGUCAGCCAAGUGUCAAAGGUUUUUGAUCAAUACUUGAACUUCAUAUCAUUGGAAGAGAAUAUGUUCACAACACGAUACCAAGAACGAGACUCAAUAUCAUAUUAUGCUUUAAACAGACCUGAUGCUAAAGACACAGACAUUGAAAAUAUCCGUGAUACAUUAGUGGACAGUUUAUUCUCAUUCUUAGUGACUCUAGGCACAGUUCCUGUUAUCCGUUGUCCCAGAGGAAAUGCGGCUGAGAUUGUAGCAGAGGCUUUAGAUAAAAAAUUACGUGAGAAUCUACGUGAUGCUAGAAAUAGCUUAUUUGCUGGUGAUAUGAGCACCGGUCAAUUUAGUUUUCAGCGACCUGUGUUAAUCAUAUUGGAUAGAAACAUUGAUCUUUGUACACCAUUACAUCACACCUGGACCUAUCAAGCCUUGUGCCAUGACGUUUUGGAUCUUCAUCUAAACCGUGUCGUGAUAAAGGAAAGCUCGCCGGAUAACGGACCCACGGAACACGGCCAUCCACGACCCAAACCAGCGAAAACUAAAUCAUACGACCUCGGUUCAAAUGAUACUUUCUGGAAUAACCAUCGGGGAAGUCCGUUUCCUAACGUCGCUGAAUCAAUACAGAAGGAGCUGGAUGAAUAUAAGGAGUCCGAGGGAGAAGUCAAGCGAUUGAAAAAUAUAAUGGGCUUAGACGACAGUGAUGAAGGAGCCAUUAGCGAUUUGAUGAGCGACCAUACUUCAAAACUAACGUCUGCUGUGAGCUCGUUACCAGAACUGCUGGAGAAGAAAAGAAUAAUCGACCAGCAUACAAAUAUUGCAACCGCUCUACUUGAUCAAAUCAAGCAACGGCAUCUUGACACGUAUUUUGAAUCAGAAGAGAAAAUUAUGAGCAAUCAAAGAUUGGAUAAAUCUGUUUUAGAGUUUAUACAAGAUCCAGAGGCUGGUACUCCUGAAGAUAAAUUAAGACUGUUUAUGAUAUUUUAUAUUUCUGGACCAACAAUGUCUGCUGCUGAAUUUGACCAGUACUCAUCAGCAUUACAAGACGCUGGGUCUGACCUCAAUGCUUUGAAUUACAUCAAGAAAUGGAAGGCUUUUACAAAAAUGACCUCCGGGCCAGUUCAGUCGGGUGGCGGUGGACAAAAUACGUACAGCGCUAUGUUCUCAAAAAUUAUUGGUACGAGCUCUCAGUUUGUGAUGGAGGGUGUGAAGAACUUGGUUGUUGGAAAUAAGAACUUGCCAGUUACAAGAAUCGUUGACUCUGUCAUGGAGGUCAAGUCAACUGCAGAUAUUGAUGACUACAAAUAUUUUGAUCCAAAAAUGCUCCGCUCCACUGACAGCUCUUCCAUACCACGAAACAAGACGCCGUUUCAAGAGGCUAUCGUCUUUAUUGUUGGUGGAGGGAAUUACAUUGAAUAUCAGAAUUUGGUCGACUAUGCCAUGCGUAAUCCUUCAAACCCUAAAACGAUCGUUUAUGGAGCCAGUGAGAUCUUCAACGCCGCACAGUUUGUAAAACAGUUGGACCAUCUAGGACGGGAUCCUCAAUCUUAGUUGUAUUUCUAAACACUCUGUGUCACAAUGGUUUGGAAAUAUAAUUCCAAACGUUUAGAAGAAUAAUUUCAAGCUUUUUCGGCUAAAUUCACUAGGACUAGGUAAGGUAGCUCAACGAUUAAGUUCUGUCGCGAGGAAGAACUAAAGGUGAAAACUAAAGGUGAAAACGUAAUAUGGGCGGUUGGUUUAAGUUCAUUGUGGGUUUGUGAAGCUAUAUGUAUAUAUAUAGGAUAUAUAUAUAUAUAUAUAUAUAUAUAUAUAUAUAUAUAUAUAUAUAUAUAUAUAUAUACUAUAUAAUGCCUACAUUGCCUGAACACGCGAGUCGCCAUUGGGCUGCCUAUGGUGAAGCUUUAAAUGUCAAAUUGUAAAUAUGCUAAAUUAAUAUAGAGUAUAACAACUGCCUAUUGUGACAAAACACUUCUCGACCGAAGGGGCUUUUGCCAGGAGAGUUAGUAUGAUACUAACUCUCUCCAUACUACGUAACUCUCCUGACGAAGGCCCUCAGGUCGAAACGUCGAGAAGUGUUUUGACAGUUUUGUCUAUUUUAGGCAGUUGUAAAACCACAUUUGAUGCUAAGUUAUUUGAAGACGCUGCCACGCUGCUCCCUGGUUAUAAAUUAAUAUAGAGUAAAGGUUUCAAUCUCCAACAAAUCACUCAACUACACCGAUUUUGCAUAAGACAUCGAUCUAUCCAUAAUAUUAAUAUAUAUCUACACCGCGCUUAUCUGGAGGGGGAGUGGGAAUGGCCUAAGACUAAAAGGAGGAUAAAAGUUGGUAUACAAAAGGGUGACAACGAACAGUCGCUGAUGUCAAAAAUAUUUUUAUUAUUUCAAUUCUUAAUUACAUAUUGUUACACAAUACACAAUAUAUGAGAUAUUUAUUCGUAUAUCA